AAAUUUCCCCCCGUCUCUUCCCUCGACCUUUUGCGUUCUGUGCUCAACCCCGGUUGAAAUUUCAGAACCGAUUCGUCUUCGCCCGGCUAAACCGAAAACCCCUGCGCCACCAAAAAAACCCCUCUCCCCUAUCUGACCAACCAUGUCUUUCGCUGAUCCCGACAUUGUUGCUGGCACCGAGUCCAUUGUGAGCGAGGAUGACCCGAUCGUCCAGUCGCACGCUCAGCAGCAGGCUCAGCAGCACGCUGCUGCCGCCGCUGCUGCCGCCCAAGCCUCGACCUCUGCUGCCUCGACCUCCUCUGGCGCCACCUACUCUGACCUCUUCCCGCCGCUUCCGACCGCCGCCCAGCGCCCCAAGGCUGCUGGCGCCUGGGCGACUGCCAAGUCUGCUUCCUCGACCGUGUCCCACACCCUGCACGUCCCCAUCGACGAGCGCCGCGAGGACCGCUUUGGCGAGUCUGCCGCUGCCACGACCUGCAAGGAUGUGAUGGAAAAGACUGGUGUCUCGAUCGAAAUGUCCUCGUCCAAGUCCAAGCACCUCGCGAUUGUCAUCACUGGCCGUCCCGAGAACGUUGCCAAGGCCAAGCAGCUGCUGCUGACCCGUCUCCAGACCCAGUCCACGCUCGAGGUCGUCGUCCCCAAGGAGCACCACAAGUUCAUCCUGGGCAAGGGCGGCAAGGCCCUCGCCGACCUGUGCGCUGCCACUGCCACCAAGAUCAACGUGCCCAAGGCCGACGAGGCGACUGACAUUAUCAAGAUUGUCGGCACUCGCGAGAACUGCGAGAAGGCCCGCGCCGAAAUCCUCUCCGUCUCGAACGCCAAGGGCAAGUUUGGCGUCAUCCGCAUCACGAUUCCCCACGUCUACCACCCCUUCCUUGUCGGCGCGAACGGCUCGGAGAUCAAGAAGCUCACCGCCGAGACUGGCGCCAAGAUCAACAUGCCGCCGCCCUCUGCCGAGAACCCCGACGAGAUUGUCAUUACCGGCGAGAAGGAGGCGAUCGCCAAGGCUGCCGCCCGUCUCAACGACAUUUUUGCCGACAAGCAGGCCAACACUGGCACCCUGAACGUUGACGUCAAGAAGAAGCAGCACCGCUACGUCGUUGGCCCUAAGGGCGCCUACAUUCAGGAGAUUCUCCAGAAGACUGGCGUCGUCAUUGAGAUGCCCCCGGCCGAUUCCGCGAUCGAGAGCAUCACCAUCCGCGGACCUCAGCAAAACCUCGUGACGGCCCUCCAGCUCGUCCUCAACCGCGCCAACAGCGUCGUGACCCGCGAGCUCAAGGCCCCGCACUGGCUGCACAAGUACCUCAUUGGCAAGAGCGGCGCAAACGUCAAGUUGCUCGACGCUGCCAACCCGGACGCCCACAUUAACUUCCUCGAGGACAAGGACCUCGUCGAGAUUGAGGGCCCCCCGGAACAGGCUGAGCGCAUCUAUGCCUCCCUCGCUGCCUCCCUCGCUGAGCUGACCAAGAAGAUGACCUUUGCCGAGGUUACCGUGCCCAACCAGUUCCACCGCCACAUUAUCGGCAAGGCUGGCCAGCACAUCAACCGCAUCAAGGAGGAGACUGGUGCCAACAUUGUCAUCCCCAACGACGAGCUCAAGAGCGACAUUAUCAAGAUUGAGGGCGAGGCUGCUGGCGUUGCCAAGGCCAAGAAGGAGAUUCUCGAGCUUGCCAAGGCCAUUGCUGAGAUGCACACCGAGGAGCUCAAGUUCCCCCAAAAGUACCACAAGACCCUCAUUGGCCAGAAGGGCAAGUCGAUUCGCGAGAUUCUCGACCUGUACCCCGGCGUCAUGAUCAACUUCCCCGAGGAGAGCGAGCACAGCGACGUUGUCACCGUCAAGGGCAAGAAGCAGCUCGUCCUCCAGGCCAAGCAGCACCUUGAGAAGCUCGUUGCCGAGAUUAUUGCCAACAACUACACUGUCGAGGUUUCCAUCUACAAGAAGUUCCACGGCCACGUUGUCGGCAAGAACGGCGCCAACCUCAAGAAGAUUCGCGAGGACACCAACACCCGCAUCUCCCUUCCCGACGAGAACUCUGAGUCUGACAGCAUUGUGAUUGUCGGCACCAAGGCGAACGUCGAGACUGCCAAGGAGCGCAUUCUUGCCAUCCAGAACGAGCUUGCCAACAUUUCCACCGCCGAGGUGAGCAUCCCCAGCAAGUACCAGGCCCUCAUCACCAGCCACAACGGCCGCGUUCUGCGCUCCAUCUCUGAGGAGUGCGGCGGCGUGACCGUCCAGGUCCCGUCCGCUGGCAAGGGCAAGACUGCCACUGCUGACAAGGUCGUCGUUCGCGGCCCCAGCGAGGAUGUCGAGCGUGCCAAGCAGCUCCUCCUCGAGUUUGCUUCGGACAAGGGCGCGUUCGUCCCCGAGGACAUUACCGUCAAGCACCAGCACCACCGCUUUAUCAUUGGUCGCGCGGGUGCCACCGUCAAGCAGAUCCGCGAGACCACUGGCGCUCGCAUUCUCUUCCCGGGCAAGACCGAGACCGACGCCGACACUGUCACGCUUCUGGGCAAGGACACCCAGAUCAAGGCUGCCAAGGAGGCCAUCGCCAAGAUUGUCCGCGACCUCGAGAGCGUUGUUUCCGAGGAGAUGCACAUUGAGCCCAAGUACCACAAGGCGUUUGUUGUCAACAAGGCCAAGCUCAUCAAGAGCAUUUCCGACGAGUUUGGCGGCGGCUCUGCCGAGGCGCCUGCUGCUGCUGCUGCUGCUGCUGCUGCUGCUGCUGCUGGUGCCUCGUCAUCCAAGCCGGAUGUGGUCACCCUGAAGGGUGGCAAGGAGUUUGUCGAGCUCGCCAAGCAAAAGAUUCUCGACCUUGUCGAGGACCAGCGUCUCCAGGUCACUCGCAAGCUCACCAUUGCCCCCGAGUUCCACGGCACUGUUCUUGGCAAGGGCGGCGUCAACGUCCGCACCGUCUCGGACGAAUUCAACGUCCAGAUCAAGUUCCCCGAGUCGCGCAAGAAGGGCGAGGCCAAGGAGGAAGGCGAGAAGGCCGAGGAGAAGCCCAAGGCCGAAAAGUCGGAUGCCGACAAGGAGGACGCCAACGCCAUCAAGGUCAGCGGCCGCAGCGACAACGUCGACAAGGCCAUUGAGGCGCUGAAGGCUUUCGUCCCGGUCACUGCCGAGCUCGAGAUCCAGAACGACUACCACCGUCACCUGAUUGGCAGCGGCGGCAAGGAUCUCAAGAAGGUCAUUGACCUGUUCGACGUGAACGUCAAGUUCCCGUCGGCCGACUCGAAGAGCGACAAGGUGAUUGUUCGUGGCUCUGCUCCUCAGGUCGAGAAGGCCAAGGAGUACCUGCUCGAGCGCGUCAAGGCCCUCGACGGCGAGGCUGCAGACCGCGAGGCCCGCAACUUUACCCUUGAGCUCAAGGUUGACCCCAAGCACCACUCUGCCAUCAUUGGCAUGAAGGGCGCUGUCAUCUCCAAGAUCAAGGACAAGACCGACACCCGCAUCUCCUUCCCCAAGGAGGGCGCCAAGGAGGAGGACCAGGCCACCAUCACCAUCAAGGGCUACGAGGCCAAGGUCAACGAGGCCCGCGACGCCAUCCUCAAGAUUGUCAAGGACCAGGAGGACCAGGUCACCAUCGAGGUCGACAUUGACGUGCGCAUGCACCGCCGCAUCAUUGGCCCCAUGGGCAAGAACCUCCGCAAGAUUAUGGACGACUUCAACGUCCAGAUCAAGUUCCCCCGCAACCCCGACGAUUCCCUCGUCGCCAUCAAGGGUCUGCCCGCCAAGGUCGAGGAGGCCAAGAACCACCUCAAGGAUCUCUCCGAGGAGUUCCUGCUCGAGGUGCUCGAGGACGAGGAGCAGCGCGAGCUCGAGCGCGCGUGGGUCAUCGACCCCCGUCAGCGUGAGAACUACAAGGAGGAUUACUUUGCCUCCCUUGGCCUGUUCAACGACUCUGCCGCUGCCGGCUCCGCUGCCAGCCCCGCCAAGGGCAAGAACGCUCGCGGCUCCGCUGCCCCCGCUUCCAACGCUGGUGGCAGCCGCGACCAGUUCCCGUCGUUUGUCAACACGGCAGCGCCCGCUCCUUCCCAACCCCCGCGCUGGGUGACCAAGUAA